AUGGAUUCUCCUAGGCCGUUUGGGUGGCAGUAUCUUCAAUUGCGCACGAAAUACCGAGAUUUCCCCAUGGGCAUCGAUUCCACCCGUCUCGGUUGGAUGGCCGUGCUUCGUUGGAAAGCAUGGAUCCGCCUAGGCUGUCCCGGUUGUGAGCUAGGUGUGAGUGUCGCUCAUGGGCAUCGAUACCUUGCGGCUAUGAACUGGAACAAGAAGGAAUUAGCUAACUGUAACGAAGAUGUUCUUGGCAACCAUCUUUUGAUGGGAGUCUGGCUAUUCGAUGAUCGGCUAAGGUGCCCGAUUGAUCACCCGGCCGUCCGGUUUGAGGAUUCGUCGACCAUCCGGCCGUCCGGUCGAGGAUUCGUCAGACUCGUUAGAUUUUUCUCGACGAUUCCAACCACUGUCGACGAUUUCUCGGACCCGGUAAAAUUUUCUCGACGAUUCCGGAUCGAGGAUUCCUCGGACUCGAUUUUUUCCGUUGACGAUUUUAAUAUAGUUUAUAACCAUGAUAGGUUUUCUUUACCAAACAAUCCGGUGAUGAACUGUGACGAAACCAACCACAUAGAACAAUCACGACCACAACUUGACGUCAACUCCGGUGUCACAACGAUGAUGAUGAUGGCUGAGAUUGAGAUGAGAGAUAAGGAAGUGAUAGUGAUGAAGAAGACGUGA